AAAGGGAGGUUACGUAUAUUUAAGGCCCAUCAACCCACAUCUAUCUAUACGCAUCUACCAUCUAAAUUUCUAUACCAAUUGGCUAUACAAAAGUGUACAUAUAUUUAAAUAGUAGUUGGAGAACGACAAAGUAUUGUUCUUCCCAUUAUUCUUUUAUUUGUUCUCUUUUACCCAAUAUUACAUAUAAGUUUGAGUGAGAGGUCGAUUUAUUUGUUUAUAGAUAAUGGCAACAGAACAGUCGUUAGGAAAGGUCCAAUUUAAGUGGUUCAAUUUGAUCAACUGAAACGGCACGAUUUCGGUAUGAAGUUAACUUAUAUGCAUAAUUUCAUUUCACCAAACACGUCUUCCUCCCCAAAGAUCCAACAGAUUAUUAUAGUUUCAUUCUGUGGCGAACGUUUCUUUCUAUCGUUUCCCGAUUCUAGCAGAUUCUCAUUUUCAGAUUUCUAAUAAGGCCGGCAGAGAGACAAAGAUCUCCCGAGGGCUUCUAAGUUUAUAGAGAUAAAACUAUGGAAGGACAAUUAGGAAGAGCUGGGGAAGUAAGAAGGCUUCACAUCAUCUACUUUCUCACUCAUCUUGGUCGCUCAGAGCAUCCCCAUCUCAUUCGAGUUCACCAUCUCACCCGUACCGGCGUUUAUCUUCGAGAUGUUAAGAGAUGGCUUGGGGACUUACGAGGAAAGGACAUGGCAGAAGCUUAUGCUUGGUCUUACAAAAGGAGGUACAAAAGUGGUUAUGUAUGGCAAGACUUGGUAGAUGACGAUCUCAUAACCCCUCUUUCCGACAAUGAAUAUGUUCUAAAAGGAUCCGAAGUUAUCUCUACCCCUGUUGAUGAAAAAACAGAUAUUAUUAACAAAGCUGUAAAGACUACUAUUAUGACUACUGGUGUAGCUGCAGAAGAUGAGAAAGCAGUUAAGAAAGAAGCCUGUUGUAAACAUACACGCCCUGAUCCUAAAAUUGCUCCGCCCAUUACAAAAACUUUCUCCGAAAUCAACGAAGAUUCAUCAUUGUCUAGUUUUGGCUCGGACAGAUCUUCUCUGACUGAUGAAUUCGAUUCAGUGAAGCUGGAGAACGAAAACCAGUCGAGUAGUACAAAACAAGAUCAAGAACGUCAACACUGCACUAAGUCUCUAGCCCAGAAAAUUGACAUCUCCACUCCUUUAUUUCGCAACAACGUGAAGAAAUCCAAGAACAAGAACGGGAUAAAAAAUAACGAGGAAUGCAACGAAAUGGAUUGUAUGAGGCAAGGCUCUUCAUCCUCGUCGUCGUCAUCAUCAUCAUCAUCAUCAUCAUCAAAAUCACCUUUACCUGCUAAGAGAAAGAGCUUUUCUGGUGGAGCUUCAAACGUGCUUAAGAGCUUCAUUACUUGCCGCGCGGUGGAUACAAACGACACCGUUUUAGUUACGGUGAAACAUGGUGGCGGCCGCGGCGCCGGUGGCUUCCAAAAGAGUGCAUCGGUUAAGGGCAGUACCAAACCGAAUAGUGGUAAUAAUGCGCAGGAUGACGUUUUCACUGGUGGCCGAAGGUCUUUCCAUACUUGUUGGAAUUAUCAUGAUGAAGUACAACAGCCUCAAAAUUAUGACAAUGCUAGAAGAAGCUGUGAUGAGAGGAGUAGCACAGGCUCAACAAAGAAGAAUCAGCAGCAGAGCGAAUUCACUAAACAAAGAACAAUUCCACCAGCUUACAGGCCAAUCAGAGAGCCCAAUUGCUCGCAAUGUGGGAAAGCAUUCAAACCAGAGAAACUGCACUCGCAUAUGAAGUCGUGCAGAGGCAUGAAAACUUCGGCUAAUAAGAACAAUUUUAGUACUUCUGUUGAUAAGAGUACAGUACUUUAUUAUCACCAGGGAUCUUCUACCACUUCAUCCUACAAAGAUUCAGCUCUGGCUCAUUUGUUAACCAGCUGAAUCCACUGUAUAAACUUAUAUUACAUACCUGCUAGUUUAUUUUAAUGGACACCCAUUAUUAUAUUAUCUAGGGAAUAUAUUUGAUUGGGACCUUAUAUAUUUUUUUCCGAUUA